AUGGUGAAUCUUUCCUUAUACUCCAUCAAGGCAGUCAUUUUACUGGAUUCCGAAGGAAAUCGCGUGCUAGCCAAAUAUUAUGGCUCAGAGCACGCAAGUCUGAAAGAACAGAAGGCUUUCGAAAAGGGAUUGUUCGAUAAAACUAAACGAGCACAGGGGGAAGUUAUUCUAUAUGAUAAUCAAGUCGUGCUUUACCGAUCGAAUAUCGACAUCUUCUUUUACGUGAUUGGUAGCAUGGAAGAAAACGAACUAAUUCUACUCAGCAUGUUCAACGCAUUCUACGAUGCGGUCUCCACGUUGUUAAGAUAUCAAGUGGAAAAACGAUCCGUGAUGGACAAUUUGGAUUUAGUCGUGCUUUGUCUUGACGAGACAGUCGAUGGCGGCAUCAUCUUGGAAACAGACGCAAACGCAAUCGUUAGCCGGGUAUCAAAACCACGCUUAGAUACAGUCGAUAUUCCGUUUGGCGAACAAACACUGCUGCAAGCAUACCAAACCGCUAGGGAAAGAAUCGCCAGUCAGUUGUUGAGAUGA